AUGGACAUCAAGUUUUGCAAGACCAACCUCUCAUUGAGCACAAGGAGUUGGAUGGGAGUUGGGCAUGAGGACGAUUUGCGAGAAGAGGAGCCUGAGCUCGAUCGAGCUGAGGAUCGAGCUGAGUCUCAAGCUGAGGAUCAGUCCAGGAGAGUGCGGAUUUGGGUGAGCCUGAGUGCUAUUAUUUUGAGGAGUAUGAGGCUCCAAGGAUGA